AUGAACAGUACAUUUGUGCUCAGAAAAAUAUGGACUUAUAAUCUGGGAGCUUUCAGUGCAUCUACAUCAAUCGGCGCUCGACAUCUGUGUGAAACCUCGGCGAGUCCGGACCAAGAGACAGACACGACUGGCCCUAAAUACAACAACAACCACCUCCGAUCCUGCGCUGAGGGCUUCCAAGCCGCCCUUGAGCCUGGCGUGUUGAAGACUACAUCACCAGCUCCUCCUUCUAUCACCAUUUCUGGCAGGACGCCCUCUUGCCUGUCCCUCGAGCGGAGUUUCUCGGCCGAAGAAGAGCUGCAGAAGUCCGUGGAGUGCACCUUGCAGCCGUCGCGCGUGUACGCCAUCACCAGCCAGCACAGCAUGUUAAUGAGCAACAAGGAGAGCUUAGAACUGGACGUGCUCAAAGAGAAAGCAGCGGGUGGGGGUAAAAGCAGCAGCAGCAACAGCAGUCACUCCAACUUAAUUCAACCGUCUAGUUCGCCGUCGUCCAAUUCAUCUUCGCCGCUUCAGUACCAUGCGUCUGGGAGCCGAGGGGCAGCCAGCAGCCACCAUCAUCAUGGCAACCACCACCACGGCCUUCACCAUCACCACUCUGUCACGGGGACAAAUGCUUCGUCGAGUCAGCAACCUGCGCACCACCACGGCCACCACCAUCACCACCUGCCCCAGCCCCCUCUGCACGCCUCGGUUAGCGCGCACAAUAUCCGCAGCUGGGGUGAAGGCGGGAAAGGCGAGACGGAGGCGUACGGCGGCUCGUUGAUGUGCGAAACGUGUGGAGGUGGUACCCCGUCUAGGAGCCAGGGGUCUUUGGACCUGGAGAGUGCGUCCCGGGAGGCAGAUGACACCAACUGGUUUCCCAAAGAAAACAUGUUCUCCUUUCAGACUGCCACCACAACCAUGCAGGCGAACUUCCGGAAGCAUCUUCGGAUGGUGGGCAGCCGGCGGAUGAAAGCGCAGAGUGGAGAAUUGCAGGCGUCCAGUGGAAACGUGGAUGAGGGCGGUCAUCAAGAGGACAGCCUGGACUGGGAGGAGGAGAAGGAGCAAGAGAGACUGGCAUGUGAAGGAGAUGACUUUGUACCGCCCAAAAUUAUGCUGAUCUCAUCCAAGGUCCCCAAGGCAGAGUAUGUUCCCACUAUAAUCCGCAGGGAUGACCCUUCAAUCAUCCCCAUCCUCUACGACCAUGAACACGCCACGUUUGAUGACAUUUUAGAGGAGAUCGAGAAGAAGCUCACAGCGUACAGACGGGGCAGCAAGUUUUGGAGAAUGCUCAUCUUCUGUCAGGGAGGUCCUGGUCAUCUGUACUUACUCAAGAAUAAAGUGGCCACGUUUGCAAAGGUGGAAAAGGAAGAGGAUAUGAGCCAAUUCUGGAAGAGAUUAAGUCGCAUGAUGAGUAAGAUCAACCCUGAGCCAAACCUCAUUCACAUCAUGGGCUGCUACGUCCUAGGGAACCCCAACGGAGAGAAGCAAGAAGGUCCUGCGGGGGCGAGUCCUGCGGGGGCGAGUCCUGCGGGGGCGAGUCCUGCUGGGGGCGAGUCCUGCUGGGGGCGAGUCCUGCUGGGGGCGAGUCCUGCGAGUCCUGCUGGGGGCGAGUCCUGCGGGGGCGAGUCCUGCGGGGGCGAGUCCUGCGGGGGCGAGUCCUGCGGGGGCGAGUCCUGCGGGGGCGAGUCCUGCUGGGGGCAAGUCCUGCUGGGGGCGAGUCCUGCGAGUCCUGCUGGGGGCGAGUCCUGCGGGGGCGAGUCCUGCGGGGGCGAGUCCUGCGGGGGCGAGUCCUGCUGGGGGCAAGUCCUGCUGGGGGCGAGUCCUGCUGGGGGCGAGUCCUGCGGGGGCGAGUCCUGCUGGGGGCAAGUCCUGCUGGGGGCGAGUCCUGCGAGUCCUGCUGGGGGCGAGUCCUGCGGGGGCGAGUCCUGCGGGGGCGAGUCCUGCUGGGGGCGAGUCCUGCGAGUCCUGCUGGGGGCGAGUCCUGCGGGGGCGAGUCCUGCGGGGGCGAGUCCUGCGGGGGCGAGUCCUGCUGGGGGCAAGUCCUGCUGGGGGCGAGUCCUGCGGGGGGGCGAGUCCUGCGGGGGCGAGUCCUGCUGGGGGCAAGUCCUGCUGGGGGCGAGUCCUGCGAGUCCUGCUGGGGGCGAGGCCUGCGAGUCCUGCUGGGGGCGAGUCCUGCGAGUCCUGCUGGGGGCGAGUCCUGCGAGUCCUGCUGGGGGCGAGUCCUGCGGGGGCGAGUCCUGCGGGGGCGAGUCCUGCGGGGGCGAGUCCUGCUGGGGGCGAGUCCUGCUGGGGGCGAGUCCUGCUGGGGGCGAGUCCUGCGAGUCCUGCUGGGGGCGAGUCCUGCGGGGCGAGUCCUGCGGGGGCGAGUCCUGCGGGGGCGAGUCCUGCGGGGGGCGAGUCCUGGGGUCCUGCUGGGGGCGAGUCCUGCGAGUCCUGCUGGGGGCGAGUCCUGCGGGGGCGAGUCCUGCGGGGGCGAGUCCUGCGGGGGCGAGUCCUGCGGGGGCGAGUCCUGCUGGGGGCAAGUCCUGCUGGGGGCGAGUCCUGCGGGGGCGAGUCCUGCGGGGGCGAGUCCUGCUGGGGGCAAGUCCUGCUGGGGGCGAGUCCUGCUGGGGGCGAGUCCUGCGAGUCCUGCUGGGGGCGAGUCCUGCGGGGCGAGUCCUGCGGGGGCGAGUCCUGCGGGGGCGAGUCCUGCGGGGGCGAGUCCUGCGGGGGCGAGUCCUGCUGGGGGCAAGUCCUGCUGGGGGCGAGUCCUGCGAGUCCUGCUGGGGGCGAGUCCUGCGGGGGCGAGUCCUGCGGGGGCGAGUCCUGCGGGGGCGAGUCCUGCGGGGGCGAGUCCUGCUGGGGGCAAGUCCUGCUGGGGGCGAGUCCUGCGGGGGCGAGUCCUGCGGGGGCGAGUCCUGCUGGGGGCAAGUCCUGCUGGGGGCGAGUCCUGCGAGUCCUGCUGGGGGCGAGUCCUGCGGGGGCGAGUCCUGCGGGGGCGAGUCCUGCUGGGGGCGAGUCCUGCGAGUCCUGCUGGGGGCGAGUCCUGCGGGGGCGAGUCCUGCGGGGGCGAGUCCUGCGGGGGCGAGUCCUGCUGGGGGCAAGUCCUGCUGGGGGCGAGUCCUGCGGGGGCGAGUCCUGCGGGGGCGAGUCCUGCUGGGGGCAAGUCCUGCUGGGGGCGAGUCCUGCGAGUCCUGCUGGGGGCGAGGCCUGCGAGUCCUGCUGGGGGCGAGUCCUGCGAGUCCUGCUGGGGGCGAGUCCUGCGAGUCCUGCUGGGGGCGAGUCCUGCGGGGGCGAGUCCUGCGAGUCCUGCGGGGGCGAGUCCUGCUGGGGGCGAGUCCUGCUGGGGGCGAGUCCUGCGAGUCCUGCUGGGGGCGAGUCCUGCGAGUCCUGCUGGGGGCGAGUCCUGCGGGGGCGAGUCCUGCGGGGGCGAGUCCUGCGGGGCGAGUCCUGCGGGGGCGAGUCCUGCGGGGCGAGUCCUGCGGGGCGAGUCCUGCUGGGGGCAAGUCCUGCUGGGGGCGAGUCCUGCGAGUCCUGCUGGGGGCGAGUCCUGCGGGGGCGAGUCCUGCGGGGGCGAGUCCUGCGGGGGCGAGUCCUGCUGGGGGCGAGUCCUGCUGGGGGCAAGUCCUGCUGGGGGCGAGUCCUGCGGGGGCGAGUCCUGCGGGGGCGAGUCCUGCUGGGGGCAAGUCCUGCUGGGGGCGAGUCCUGCGAGUCCUGCUGGGGGCGAGUCCUGCGGGGGCGAGUCCUGCGGGGGCGAGUCCUGCUGGGGGCGAGUCCUGCGAGUCCUGCUGGGGGCGAGUCCUGCGGGGGGCGAGUCCUGCGGGGGCGAGUCCUGCGGGGGCGAGUCCUGCUGGGGGCAAGUCCUGCUGGGGGCGAGUCCUGCGGGGGCGAGUCCUGCGGGGGCGAGUCCUGCUGGGGGCAAGUCCUGCUGGGGGCGAGUCCUGCGAGUCCUGCUGGGGGCGAGGCCUGCGAGUCCUGCUGGGGGCGAGUCCUGCUGGGGGCGAGUACUGCGAGUCCUGCUGGGGGCGAGUCCUGCGAGUCCUGCUGGGGGCGAGUCCUGCGGGGGCGAGUCCUGCUGGGGGCGAGUCCUGCGAGUCCUGCGAGUCCUGCUGGGGGCGAGUCCUGCGGGGGCGAGUCCUGCGGGGGCUAGUCCUGCUGGGGCGAGUCCUGCGAGUCCUGCUGGGGCGAGUCCUGCUGGGGGCGAGUCCUGCGAGUCCUGCUGGGGGCGAGUCCUGCGAGUCCUGCUGGGGGCAAGUCCUGCGGGGGCGAGUCCUGCGAGUCCUGCUGGGGGCGAGUCCUGCGGGGGCGAGUCCUGCUGGGGGCGAGUCCUGCGAGUCCUGCUGGGGCGAGUCCUGCGAGUCCUGCUGGAGCGAGUCCUGCUGGGGGCGAGUCCUGCUGGGGGCGAGUCCUGCGAGUCCUACUGGGGGCGAGGCCUGCGAGUCCUGUGGGGCGAGUCCUGCGGGGGCGAGGCCUGCGAGUCCUGCUGGGGGCGAGUCCUGCGGGGGCGAGAGUCCUGCUGGGGGCGAGUCCUGCGGGGGGCGAGUCCUGCGGCUGUCCUGGGGGCUAGUCCUGCGGGGGCGAGUCCUGCUGGGGGCGAGUCCUGCUGGGGCGAGUCCUGCUGGGGGCGAGUCCUGCGGUCUGCUGGGGGCGAGUCCUGCUGGGGGCGAGUCCUGCUGGGGGCGAUCCUGCUGGGGGCGAGUCCUGCUGGGGGCGAGUCCUGCUGGGGGCGAGUCCUGCUGGGGGCGAGUCCUGCGGGGGCUAGUCCUGCUGGGGGCGAGUCCUGCUGGGGGCGAGUCCUGCUGGGGGCGAGUCCUGCUGGGGGCGAGUCCUGCGGGGGCUAGUCCUGCUGGGGGCGAGUCCUGCUGGGGGCGAGUCCUGCGGGGGCUAGUCCUGCUGGGGGGCGAGUCCUGCUGGGGGCGAGUCCUGCUGGGGGCGAGUCCUGCGGGGGCGAGUCCUGCGGGGGCGAGUCCUGCUGGGGGCGAGUCCUGCUGGGGGCGAGUCCUGCUGGGGGCGAGUCCUGCGGGGGCUAGUCCUGCUGGGGGCGAGUCCUGCGGGGGCGAGUCCUGCUGGGGGCGAGUCCUGCGGGGGCGAGUCCUGCUGGGGGCGAGUCCUGCUGGGGGCGAGUCCUGCGAGUCCUGCUGGGGGCGAGUCCUGCGUGGGCGAGUCCUGCGGGGGGCGAGGCCUGCGAGUCCUGCGAGUCCUGCUGGGGGCGAGUCCUGCGGGGUCCUGCUGGGGGCGAGUCCUGCUGGGGCUAGUCCUGCGAGUCCUGCUGGGGGCGAGUCCUGCGGGGGCGAGUCCUGCGGGGGCGAGUCCUGCGGGGGCGAGUCCUGCUGGGGGCAAGUCCUGCUGGGGGCGAGUCCUGCGGGGGCGAGUCCUGCGGGGGCGAGUCCUGCUGGGGGCAAGUCCUGCUGGGGGCGAGUCCUGCGAGUCCUGCUGGGGGCGAGGCCUGCGAGUCCUGCUGGGGGCGAGUCCUGCGAGUCCUGCUGGGGGCGAGUCCUGCGAGUCCUGCUGGGGGCGAGUCCUGCGGGGGCGAGUCCUGCUGGGGGCGAGUCCUGCGAGUCCUGCGAGUCCUGCUGGGGGCGAGUCCUGCGAGUCCUGCGGGGGCGAGUCCUGCGGGGGCUAGUCCUGCUGGGGCGAGUCCUGCGAGUCCUGCUGGGGCGAGUCCUGCUGGGGCGAGUCCUGCUGGGGGCGAGUCCUGCGAGUCCUGCUGGGGGCGAGUCCUGCGAGUCCUGCUGGGGGCAAGUCCUGCGGGGGCGAGUCCUGCGAGUCCUGCUGGGGGCGAGUCCUGCGGGGGCGAGUCCUGCUGGGGGCGAGUCCUGCGAGUCCUGCUGGGGCGAGUCCUGCGAGUCCUGCUGGAGCGAGUCCUGCUGGGGCGAGUCCUGCGGGGGCGAGUCCUGCGAGUCCUGCUGGGGGCGAGUCCUGCUGGGGGCGAGUCCUGCGAGUCCUGCUGGGGGCGAGUCCUGCGGGGGCGAGUCCUGCGAGUCCUGCUGGGGGCGAGUCCUGCGGGGGCGAGUCCUGCGAGUCCUGCUGGGGGCGAGUCCUGCGGGGGGCGAGUCCUGCGAGUCCUGCUGGGGGCUAGUCCUGCGGGGGCGAGUCCUGCUGGGGGCGAGUCCUGUUGGGGGCGAGUCCUGCUGGGGGCGAGUCCUGCGGGGGGCGAGUCCUGCGAGUCUUGCUGGGGGCGAGUCCUGCGGGGGCGAGUCCUGCUGGGGGCGAGUCCUGCUGGGGGCGAGUCCUGCGGGGGCUAGUCCUGCUGGGGGCGAGUCCUGCUGGGGGCGAGUCCUGCUGGGGGCGAGUCCUGCGGGGGCGAGUCCUGCGAGUCCUGCUGGGGGCGAGUCCUGCUGGGGGCUAGUCCUGCUGGGGGCGAGUCCUGCUGGGGGCGAGUCCUGCUGGGGGCGAGUCCUGCUGGGGGCGAUCCUGCUGGGGGCGAGUCCUGCGGGGGCGAGUCCUGCGGGGGCGAGUCCUGCGGGGGCGAGUCCUGCUGGGGGCGAGUCCUGCUGGGGGCGAGUCCUGCUGGGGGCGAGUCCUGCGGGGGCUAGUCCUGCUGGGGGCGAGCCCUGCGGGGGCGAGUCCUGCUGGGGGCGAGGCCUGCGGGGGCUAGUCCUGCUGGGGGCGAGUCCUGCUGGGGGCGAGUCCUGCGAGUCCUACUGGGGGCGAGGCCUGCGUGGGCGAGUCCUGCGGGGGCGAGGCCUGCGAGUCCUGCUGGGGGCGAGUCCUGCGGGGUCCUGCUGGGGGCGAGUCCUGCUGGGGGCGAGUCCUGCUGGGGGCGAGUCCUGCUGGGGGCGAGUCCUGCUGGGGGCGAGUCCUGCGGGGGCUAGUCCUGCGGGGGCUAGUCCUGCUGGGGGCGAGUCCUGCUGGGGGCGAGGCCUGCGGGGGCUAGUCCUGCUGGGGGCGAGUCCUGCUGGGGGCGAGUCCUGCUGGGGGCGAGUCCUGCGAGUCCUGCUGGGGGCGAGUCCUGCGAGUCCUGCUGGGGGCGAGCCCUGCGGGGGCGAGUCCUGCUGGGGGCGAGGCCUGCGGGGGCUAGUCCUGCUGGGGGCGAGUCCUGCUGGGGGCGAGUCCUGCGAGUCCUACUGGGGGCGAGGCCUGCGUGGGCGAGUCCUGCGGGGGCGAGGCCUGCGAGUCCUGCUGGGGGCGAGUCCUGCGGGGUCCUGCUGGGGGCGAGUCCUGCUGGGGGCGAGUCCUGCUGGGGGCGAGUCCUGCUGGGGGCGAGUCCUGCUGGGGGCGAGUCCUGCGGGGGCUAGUCCUGCGGGGGCUAGUCCUGCUGGGGGCGAGUCCUGCUGGGGGCGAGGCCUGCGGGGGCUAGUCCUGCUGGGGGCGAGUCCUGCUGGGGGCGAGUCCUGCUGGGGGCGAGUCCUGCGAGUCCUGCUGGGGGCGAGUCCUGCGAGUCCUGCUGGGGGCGAGUCCUGCGGGGGCGAGUCCUGCUGGGGGCGAGUCCUGCGAGUCCUGCUGGGGGCGAGUCCUGCUGGGGGCGGGUCCUGCGAGUCCUGCUGGGGGCGAGUCCUGCGAGUCCUGCGAGUCCUGCUGGGGGCGAGUCCUGCGGGGGGCGAGUCCUGCGGGGGGCGAGUCCUGCGAGUCCUGCGAGGCCUGCUGGGGGCGAGUCCUGCGGGGGGCGAGUCCUGCGAGUCCUGCGAGUCCUGCGAGGCCUGCUGGGGCGAGGCCUUCCUCUAG